GACAAUCAGCGCCAGUGUUUCACGAGUUUUCACGAAUCCUUUUCGGGGUGCUCGGAACGGGCGAACGGACUGUAGAAGUGUGCCACCACCGAACACGGAGUACAGGAUACGCGAAGAAAGGCAGCAGCAGCAGCAUCGUUAAGAGGCAACAAGUAAGGCAACCUGUCGACUUCAAGCGUUCCAAGCGCCAGAGCAGCGCAGCAGCAUAACGUGAUAACCUUCCACCCAAAGCAUCAGCUUGCAAUUUAACAGCCAAGAGGCGGCCUCCCCUGCGCAACCCGAGCCACACACUGCCGGCGGCCGGUCACCCACCAGCAAGCGUCGCAAUCGUGUCUAUCGUGACAUCGUACCACCGCAACCACCGCACAGAAUGGCCUUAAUUAUGAAAUACAUUGACAGUAUGCAUCACUACAUGGACAAAUUCGGAGAUAGCCGGACGAAAGAUUGGCCCCUGAUGUCGUCACCGCUCCCUACGCUAGCGCUAUGUUUAGGAUACGUGUACUUAGUCAAAGUCCUCGGCCCAAGGCUCAUGGAAAACCGCAAACCUUUCCAGCUCAAAAACACCCUUAUAGUGUACAACUUCGUUCAAGUGGUAUUCAGUGCCUGGCUGUUCUAUGAGAUUGGUGUAUCGGGUUGGCUGACGGGACAUUAUAACUUCCGAUGUCAGCCAGUCGACUAUAGUAACCACCCCAAAACGCUGAGGAUGGUGCAUGCCUGCUGGUGGUAUUACUUCUCUAAGUUCACCGAGUUCUUUGACACGUUCUUCUUUGUGCUGCGCAAAAAGAGUAGUCAAGUGUCUACAUUGCACGUCAUUCACCACGGAUGUAUGCCAAUGUCGGUGUGGUUCGGUGUUAAGUUCACUCCAGGUGGUCACAGCACAUUCUUCGGCCUUUUGAACACGUUCGUACACAUAGUUAUGUAUACUUACUACUUGUUUACUGCCCUCGGACCGCAAUUCCAGAAGUACCUGUGGUGGAAGAAGUACCUUACCGCCCUUCAGAUGGUUCAAUUCGUUCUGAUCAUGGUACACGCUUUCCAACUGUUGUUCAUCGAUUGCAACUAUCCGAAAGCUUUCGUCUGGUGGAUCGGUAUGCACGCUGUGAUGUUCUUCUUCCUAUUCAACGAAUUCUACCAGAGCACAUACAAAGCCCAGAAGCUGAAGCGAGACGCGGCCAGGAAGCGGGAGGCAGAGCUACUUCUGCAGAAGCAGAACGGAGGAGGCCAUCUCGCAGCCAACGGUACCACCAAUGGCAGCAUCACCAGUGGCAAUGGAACCGUCAGCAAUGGCACGACACUGGUGGGCAACGGAACAGGCAAUAAGGCGGCGGACUACUACGUGCGAGGCGAUGUGCCGGCCGAAAUCGAGCUGACGCAGCGGUCCACCACAACUACGCGCGCAGUUCAAUAAUAGCGGAUAACAAGCGUUCUGUUGUUAUAAUUAAAGAUUAAUUUAUUGUAAAACUCCCGAUGUGAGGUCCUCUGAUCCUGCGGCCAACACCACCACCAUCAAUGGCGAGUGCUACGGAGCCGCAAUGGACGAUCACCAUCGAUCACCCAUCCCAUUCCUUUGCUGCAAACUGCUGUGUGCGAGCUGCGUGCUCCCGGCUUCCCGCACCAUCCACGACGGUGGUGCGCACUGUGACCGGGUUUAGUCACUCGGCACCAUCCCUCGUUAAAAAAAACACACACCCACACAAAUAACCUAGAAACACAAAUCAACGGUGCAUCUGUUCUGCUGGUUUCGCUUAGUUCCAGUAUGUUUUCGGAUAUAAUAGAUAGCUGUUCGAUUCUUUUUACCUACUUGUCCGUUUUUAAAGUGAGUAAAAGAAACGCUUAGUCGGUGUUUACAUAGUGAUGAUAUUUUGAUAUAAAAGAAAAUGAAACAGAAAAAAAACAUGAAGAUAAAACAGAUUGUACAGAAAAGAAGGAAAUGUGGACAAGUGAAAACGUGAAAACGGCAAAUCGGAGGCAGAAAACGAACAGAAAAGAAAACUAUCAGGAACGGAUAGAGGGGUGUGCUAGUGCGAAUGAGCUAAAGUAAUACAAAAGGGAAUUAGUAAUUAGUAAGAUCAUACAAAACAUAGACCUGUGUGAGUGUAUACAUUUGUUUAAUGCCAGCGCCUAUAAGUGUAGGAGGGUAGAGUCCCAAGUGCGGCCCGGAUUCCCAGGCGUGCACUGGUGGAGCUGGUGCUGGUGAUAGUUUGGUGUACUUGAGCUACUCGGAGGCGGAUUCAAAACUGUCCGAUAAAGAAACAAAACAAUAAACUAAGCAAACUAUAGUAAAAGGGAACGGAAACGGCACUAACGGUUAAGGAACCGUUUUUCGCAUGUUCUUGAGUGUCUCCCUUCCACAAGUCCUUCAUCCUUCCAUUUCCCUUCCUUCUCACGAUCCUUACGACCUCCUUUAGGUUGCCUCCCGUGCCGCUGGGGAGGUUCGUCACCUAAAAGGCAGCUGUGCUUUAAAGAAAUGUGUGGGGUCCUAGAUUACAGUUAAGCGAAACGCCAAUUUAUUUUUCACCGUAUGUCUAAGGAAUGAUUUUUUUUCUU